CGCCUCGCCAUCGCAGGGCACCGCUCCUUCCAUCGUUUUCGUAUGUUGCCAAGAGGGUAGCAGAGACGAAGCGUGGCAGCAGUGACACAGGAUGGACGUCUCCUCGCAGGUGGCGGAGAUGGCAGGGCAGCUGGCCCAGGCCGUCAACACCACCAUGGACCCGACCGUCCCGCACGCCGUCAGAUUGGCCUCGUAUAAUCUCUUGGAGAAGGUCAAGGAGGAGAGCGAGGUGGCGGUCGGUUGCGGAUUCCACAUGGCCCACCCUUCCAAGGAGCCGGUCGUGCGCCACUUGGGCCUGCAGUUGCUCGAGCACACCAUCAAGUACAAGUGGAAUGAUCUGUCGGUCCAGCAGAAAGUCUUUAUUAAGGAAAAUACAAUGCAACUUGUCACUGAUGGAACCCUUGACCUUCUGACAGAGCAGUUAUAUGUUAAAGAUAAAGUGUCAAGGCUAGUGGUGGAGAUGAUGAAGCGUGAGUGGCCGCAGCAAUGGCCUGGACUGCUCGAAGAACUCCACGCACUUUCCAAGAGAGGGCCAACACAGACGGAGCUGGUUCUCUUUGUGUUCCUGAGGAUUGCGGAGGAUGUGGCAACGUUGCAGAAUUUGGAGUCGAACCAGAGGAGGAGAGACCUGUACCAGGCGAUGACAGCCAACAUGGAGAGCAUGUUUGGCUUUUUCUUGUCGCUGCUUGAAGAGAAUUACAAGCUGUACGAAGCCACCAUGAAAGCGCAGAACCUCCAGCCAGCGCAGCAACAUUGCAGGGUCAUGCAGGUAGUUCUGAUGACUCUGACAGUGUAUGUGGAGUGGGUUUCAGUGCAACACAUCUUCGCAGAUGAUGGGAAACUCCUGAAGUCACUCUGCUUCUUGCUAAGCGAAGACAAUCUCAAGAUGGAGGCUGCAGAAUGCCUUUUGCAAAUUGUGAGCCGGAAAGGAAAACUAGACGAGCGACGACCCCUCAUUCUCCUGUUCGGCAAGGCCCCAAUGUCGACCAUAUUUGCAGCGGCAGACAGAGCAGUGAUGGGGACCCUGAGCGAACACAAUUACCGCUUCCUCAAAACGCUAACUCAGGUGCUCACAGCGCUAGGCUCCCAACUCUGUGCGCUGUGGGGCAAGGAAGCGGACGUUGGCGAACCUCCAAACUUCCGGGUUUACCUUGAUGCGAUGCUGGCCUUCACAGGACACCCAAGCCUCCAUAUUUACAACUUCACCAACGGGCUCUGGGGGCAGCUCUUCCGGCACGAGCACAUACCCCAGAGCAAAACCCUCCAAGCCGUUUUGCCGUCGUGGAUCACCAUUGUCUCGCGGAUGGUCAUGAAGCAUGGCUAUCCUUCGAAGAACGACUCUGAGAGCUGUCAGUAUUCGAGGCUGGAUUUUGACAGCGAUGAGGACUACUCUUAUUUCUUUUAUAAGGUGCGCUCGGAGACACUGGAGACGAUCAAGGCGGCUUCCCUCCUGGCACCCGAGACCCUGUACAGCUUCGUGGAGGAGUGGCUGAAGAACCAGGUGAAGAAGGCAGCUGAUCUGGGCCAGCAGGAGAAACAGCUGUGCAACCUCUUCUCUCCUUUCUACCUCGAGUGGGAAGCGUUGUCUCAGGUGUUGGAGAGUGUGAUGAGUAGAGUGAUGCAGAGUGAAGGCUACAAACCCACAGCAGAGAGUGGGCUGGAGCUACUGCGUCUGUGCCUCUCGUACCAGACCACAGACCCACUGAUUCUGUCCACCCUGCUCUCCUGCAUCUCUGGGCUCUUUGUCUUCAUCCGGCUGGUGCCAAGUGUGCUGCCUGAUGUGCUCAACAAAAUCUUCUCAGCCCUAACUUUCUCUUUGCCCGGUCAGACUAAAGACUCCCGGAGUAGGGCUGUCAAGAACGUGCGGCGGCAUGGGUGCUCGCUUAUGGUGAAGAUCGCGCGUAGCUACCCAGACAUCUUGCUCGAGGCCUUUGACUUCAUCAACGGCGUGGUAGACAGCCUGAGCCACAACCCACAGGAGCUAUCCCAGAUGGAGAAGGUGACCCUCCAAGAGGCACUCAUGAUCAUCAACAAUCACUUCCACAACUUCGAGAAACAGAGCGGCUUCAUUGGCAAGGUGUUAGGCCCUGUGUCUGAGAUUUGGCUUAACAUGAAGCAGCCUUUUAGCUCCUCCUUGGAUUUCAUGUCCUUUGUGGGACUGGACAAGGCACCUGUAGAGCCCAGUGAGAAUGAUGUCAAUGGGCAGAACCGAGCGCAGAUUAUCUUCUGCGUCAACUUAAUCAUGGCUGUGAUAAAGCGUUCAGAGUUCCCCACUGACACUGAUGUGGCAGAACGUGGUGGUUUUAUCCUUGAACGCUCUGAUUCUGGGGCUGUCUUUUGCCGCAAUCCUGCCACCCCACACGUCAUGCCCUUACUGCACCAGCUGUUCUGUUUGGUGAGGCUUUUUAAUGCGCUCUGGCAUCCCGAGGCCUUGGCCUGUGUCUCACCAGGCUAUUCCAAAGCGCAUAACCUUCCUGAGGCAGAGAGGAAUAAUAUCUUAGGAUUAGCAACUAUUAACUCAUCAGAUCCAUGUAUAGAUUCUCCCAAGGUCCAGCAACCCCUGGAACGGAUGCAGUUCUUCCUGUCGAUGAUGCACGACAACUGUUACCACAUCCUUGGCAAUGCAGGAGUGUCUCUUGGUCUCCAGUUCUACCAGCAUCCACACCUUACAGAUUACCUGGUGCACUCCUCCCUGGCCAACUUGCACCUCAUACCAGAUUACCGUCUCCGCCCAAUUAUUCGCACAUUCCUAAAGCCUUUCAUCCAGUGGUGUCCACCCCAGUGCUACCAGACAGUGCUCUUGCCGAUCCUCAACCACUUAUGUCCAUUUAUGUUGGAUCGGCUGAGUACCAGAUGGGGUCACCUCACCAGCCUAAUAGAAAGCGGGUCGUACGAGGAGGAAAACACCGACACUCAGGAAAUGCUUGAGGACCUUUUAAUCCGGAUGUUGACGCGAGAAUAUGUUGAUCUUUUAAAAGUAGUGCUGAUUGGAGGUCCCCGAGGCGGUUUGCAGGACAACAUGGAAGGUGCGAUGGAGGCCGAGAUGGAUGUCCCAGUCUCCCCAGCCUGCAAUAGCCAGGAGACCCUGUCCGACUUGGGCCAGCUCGUCCUCGGCUGCGACACCAUCUGCCAGGCCAUUGUCACCACGCUGUUGAAACUGUUAGACACGGAGUCGAUUUCUUUCGGAUCUCCUGGGUGCUGGAGCUGGCAAGGCGACGUAUGGAACAUCAACAAGGACAGCCUAAGUGACAAGGAUACCUUCCACCGGGCUGAGCAAAUAGACUUCAGUGACGUCGACCUCACCAGCAGCUCCGAGGGCAGAUACUCAUCUCUGGCAGACCUCUAUCUGGGCUACAGCGUUGCUAACAUUACGUACGCCAGUAAGCCUGCUAUUGUGUCUGCCAUGCCUCGGCCUAUCUCCACGCAUGACCUGAGGGUAGAGGAGAAGAGUAGCGUGUUUGGUCCAAUGAUCCUGAUUUUCGAAAAUGGCCAAGAGAAACUGAAAGUGUUGGACACCAUUAAACCACCAUUAAACCAGUCUAGCAACUUCGAAGCCACCAAGGAAAGUAUGUUCUCCUACUUCGGGUACUCGCUGACGGCUGCUGACGUGGACGGCGACGGGUUGGAUGACCUGGUGGUGGGGGCGCCUUUGUACCAUAACAGCUCGCAUCACGACCAGGGUGCUGUGUUUGUGUACAUGCAGAAGAAAUUCCCUUCUGGAGGCGACGGAGCUAUGGAGACGGAGAUGAAACUUGAAAGCGGUUCUCCGUCUCGAAUGGGCCAAGAAUCCUACGGUCGCUUCGGCAGCUGCGUGGCCUCCGUCGGCGACCUCGACGGCGAUGGAUUCCAAGAUAUAGCUGUCGGCGCCCCGUUCCUGGACAGCGGCGGGAAAGUGUUCAUUUACCAGGGAUCGGCCGUUGGACUUGAGAAGACACCGAGCCAGGUAAUAGACGCCAUGGCGAUGGACUCGUCCGUUCGUCCGCUCAAAGGCUUCGGUUUCGCCAUCGCUCAGAAGAUGCCCGGCGAAGGGAGAAAGGGCUUUGAUGUUGGAAUCGGAGUCUUCAAUUCGGAUAAAGUUUUAGUGUUCAAGACGAAAGAAGUAAUUACGGUGGAAUGGAACGUGACUUUCGAUGAGAAAAUGGAUCUUACCAGCGACACCUGCUACUAUACAGGUUCGGAUAUGCCAGUAGGAAGAUAUCCCUGUGUUGUGAUGGAAAUUUGUUUCCUUUAUCGAGUCACGAACGCCAAGACGAAGACGAAGCAGGCUUUGGAGUUUAUCAUGAAACUAGAAGCAGAUGUUAAGCAGCAGGAGAAUCGACUGUUUUUUGAAAACGCUCGCUCUAAGAUGAAUCUGACAUUUAGCGUCGAAAAGGACAAUCUAUCGUGCCAGGAGAUAGAUGUGUUGGCCAAGAAGGACAUCAGGGAGCUAAUUCAGCCCUUUGUUAUACGAACUGAAGUUGCUAUGAAGGAAGAAGCGUCGCAGUCAGUGAUUAUGGAUGAACGAGCAAGCCGCGUUUCGGAAGUGGAAUUGCCAAUUAAAGUGCAGUGCUUAGGCGGGGAGGCAGACGAGUGCAUAAGUGAUUUAACCCUGGAGUACAAUUUCACGGGCCCCUACCACCUCAAGGAAACGGACAAAAUCGUCGUGACUUUCGUCGUAACGAAUCGAGGAGAAACUGCCUUCAACACAAGACUCGCGAUCAAUAGCAGGGGCUACCUCUCCAGCCUGAAUCAGGGCGACAGCGGUAACGGGGUCGUGUGCGAAGACAAGCAGAAGCCUCCGAGGAUCGAGUGCGACGUCGACUUGGUCUUCAAGGCGGGGCAGAAGGAAUUUGACGUUCACUUGUUCCCCCAACUGAGCUUCUUCGAUUCCCUCGACAAGCAUCCUGACUUCUUCAUGGUCGAAGCCAAAGUCGAGACCACUUCCAAACAAGAGAAUCCGGACGCGUCGAAGAAGAAUUUCCAGAUCCCUAUCAUCGUUCAAGGAGAUUUGGACCUGACGAAAGAGGAGUCCGACCCGGAUCACGUCAGCUACAACAGUUCCUCGUACUUCAAGAGCCCGGCCGAGGCGUCUACGGAGGACGAACUGGGCGAGGAAGUGACCCACAAGUACAAGCUUUACAACAAGCAUCCUUAUCCGAUCUACAGAACUUUGUUGACCAUCAGUUGGCCGCUGAAGAUGGAGGGCCAUUACCUCUUCUACUUACUGGACAACCCGAAGAUAGAAGGCGUUAAAGCUUCUUGCACGUACGAAAACGGGGAAAUCGACGAGUUCGGACUUGCAGCCAAGAGAAACAACCUGACCGAUGUUAAUACCUUUUCUCGAGCACCGGAUACGGGCGCUGUUACCUCUGCAACGAGAAAAUCCGAGUUUAACGUCCAAUACAUGGUAAUAUCCUGUACCCUCGGCCAACUGGACGAUGAAUCUCAGGUCAUCGUUCAGCUAAGGUCACGAAUCGUUCAAAAGACGCUGGGACAGACCUCGUUUAAGGGAGGGGAAAUCAACUCCAAGGUCCGGGCCCAAGUGUUGCAUCUGCCCCUGAAUGCAACGCAGCCCUCACCGGUGGAAGCGUCGGUCAACAUUAUCAUUUCCAACAUACCUUCAGGAACGGUUCCGUGGUGGGUGUACCUGCUAGCUGGCUUGGGAGGUCUGCUUCUCCUCCUCAUUAUUGUCCUGAUACUGUGGAAGUGCGGAUAUUUCAAGAGAAAGCGAGUCGAAACAGCGGACGAAACUGAGGAUGCAGAGAAAGACACGAAGGACAAAUCAGAAGAAGAAGAGGAGCACCCGACGACGCCUCAGAGUCCCAUGCUGAAGGAGACGGAAAAAGCCAAUGAUGAUUUCACCUUCAGUAGACCAGAGUCCACGCAGCCUGUUUAGGUCAUGAGCGAAAGGCAAAAAGAAAUUUAAAAAAAAGAAAAGAAGAAAUAAGAGGGAGAUGGAAGAGAAGAGAGAAGAAAUAAGAGGGAGAUGGAAGAGA